UUGAAAUCACUGAGUUAUCCCCCUUCUGAUGUAGUUUACAAAUGGCGUCCACUUGUUCUAUUAUUGUAUCUUAGUCGAGACCGAAUUUAUUUAUCUGAUAUGGCACAGAUACGAGAUACAAUAGAGUUACUGACAAAUGUACUGAGGGAAAAUGGGGCGUCUAAAUUCAAGGCUGAAGUAUUUAGACAAGCAAAAUUCAACAGCAUUGAAGCGGUUCGUCCAAUGUGGAAGUUGUUGUUUGAGCUUAUAUAUUACUGCAUGUAUGGAAAGAUAGAUGAUGUGGCUGUUACUGCAGCUAGAGAGCUUACGACAGAGGAGAUGGUUGUGUAUGUAAAGAGAGAGUUACAGCAGCGAGGCUUCCAUUCCAAGAGGUUUGCCACUUUGCCUAAUGACAUGAGUGAGGGUAGCAGAGAACUGCUGCUGGCAUUUGGCUGGCUCUUCUGUAAGGAGAAUAUCUUGGAGAAGUUCAUGAACCAGUGCUCAUCUCCUAUAGAGGAGGGAGCGGCAGAACUUUACCAUGAUGACUACAGAGCAAGCUCAGCCCGACCCCUGUCAGUCAAGCAUGGCUCCUCAGCAGGGGAAAAGGUACAGCAGCUUCUCCUCCUGAAUGGAAAACUCAGAAUGAAUCUGCGCAGUUUGUUUGCUCUUCAGGCUCAGAAAUAUAGGAAAAUGCACAAGAUCCAUGAGGCUACAAAAGGUGUGCACCUGACCCCAAACAAAGAUCACCUGUCUGUCUUGGAGGUACAGCUCCUCAAGGAUCCCGAACUCCUCAAAAAGGUGUUAUACUUAUUAGAGAAAGACAACACUCGGCUUCAGAACCUGCUCAAGUGGCAAGACAAAGAGGAGGUUUUCUGGAGGUGGAUGGAAACAGUUCUGGACCUAAAAGUCAAGUCAGUGAUGGAGGAACAUAUAGGAGAUCAGAAAAUGUCUACUCACUCAGUCUAUAACAUUCCACCAGAUGGAGUGGCACAAAUGUUAGAGGCCCGUAAAGAUUUGCAAACAACAAUUCUGAAAUAUGAAACAAUGGUGGAAGAACUGGAGCAUUUGUGGGAGACAAAGCGAUCCUCGAUUUCUGAGAGGGAACUUGACAGUUUGAUUGCCUCCCUUGAUCUGGAGAUCUCCUUACAGAAAGCAAAGUUAUCCCUAGGCUCUUGCUCUCCUGCUCCCUCAAGAGUGCCUCACUGCCUGGACCUAGCUUACGUGACCAAACCCGCUAACAAACCGUCUAACCUAGGACGGUUCCAGACAGAAAAUCGCCAUGAGGCUCUGUUAGAGGAGAUGGAUGGCAAGUCCAGAGAUGUCCUGGGGAAAAUUGCAAGCUUGGAGGAACACAUGAAUAGACUGGAGAGCUGUAUAAGUAGUCAACAGGCCCAGGGGAAGGCUAGGCUGGAGAAGAUAGCCUCUACCCUACCUGAUCUCAUAUGUAUACCUCCCCUGGGCCACAGGGAAUAUGUCUAAUUAACUCCCAGGCCAGUCGCAUGAUGUAGGCAUACACCACCCCUCACCCACAGAAAAUAUGUCCAAUAUUGAACCUUUACCCUAGGGGAGGGUUCUGUCGCAUGAUGUAGGCAUACAUCAAGCCUCACUCACAGAAAAUACGUCUAAUUAUCUCCCCAUGUUCUCGGUGCUAUCUUUUGAUCACUGCGGUAGUUACUUGAUAACUAAAUCAAUCUUUAGAGGAAAAUGUUGACUUGUUAUUUCUGAGCCUAAUUUCAAAAAGUUAAAAAGCCUAGGGGCACACAAGAAUAGUUGGUUAUAUUUAUUUAUUUUUUGUGAAAAUGUAUAAAUACAUGUAGCUCCAUAUGGAUGAGACAUCAGAUAUGAAAUGACUAAGAGAUUGACAGCUGAUGGCUGUAUUUAUGAAUGAUGGGUUAAAGUGGAUGUAUUUUUUGGCACUGAAGAUAGAGAUAGUGCAGACUGCUUGGGUUUGGAUUUCUCAGUACAUCACAGUGAAAUGCUAUUGUGGGCUCAUCCCAUAAAACAUUUUAUUAGAAAAAUAAGAUUUUUUAUUUUGAUGACCAUUGAGAGAACAUUUGAAUGUGAAAACUGGCAUCAGAACUAUAAGUAAAAGUGUAGAUGGACAGUGUCUGGAGACUUUCUGAUCUCAGAAAUGAAGAUUUCAAAUUCUCAGCCUGCAGGAGAUAAAUUUUUUUUUAUAUUAAAAAUGUGAACUUCAAAGUAAUUUGCAAAAUGACUGUUCCAGUAUAAACAAUGAAGUGUGAUAUUUAAGUUGUAAGUCCAGUUACAUCAAAGUUAACAGAUACUGUGAUAUAUUUCAUCUGCUUCGUUUUCAGUGCAAAUGCAUCUAUUCUGACCAAAGUUUAUGGCAUAAUUGCAUGACAUAAUACUUACAUUGAAAACAUGUAAUAGAUGUCUACCACAGAUCUCUUUCACAUCACGAUUUUGGGUUUCAGCUCUAAAAUUUUAAUCCAAAUUAAACUCUUAAAUAUUUGCAUCAAAUCAAUUUUGAGUGCAAAAUUUUGAGUGCUGGUACUAUGCUUUGGUAUUACAGUUUUGAACUUUAACCCCAAAAUGGCUGUGUUAAACCAGCCUCUUGGGUUAAAGUGAAAAAAGCUAAAAAACAAACAAGCAGAAUUCUUUUUUAGAUUUUUUUUUUUGCACUGAAUAAAAUGAUGUAAAUGGUUAAAUUCUAUGGUGGGCUUUAAACUGUGCAGGCUAAAAUCCGCAUUUUUUUUUUUGGACUGACAUCAGUGCAUUGUAUUUCUCUGCAACAACUGGCCUCUGUGGCCGAAAGGUUGGUAUGUUAGCUCACCAUAAAGACUCAAGAGUCUCUCAUCAAUGCAGCUGUUCUAAGUGUAAGUCCAGCUUGUGCUGGUUUCCUCUCUGGUGGCAUGUGAGAAGGUCAUAGCAACCUAGGGAUGGUGGUAGGUUUCCCCAAGUGUGGUUUCCUGCUCAUUGUCAUCCUAUAAGCGAAAUAUCAAAUCAAAUAUCUACAACAAACACAAAUGUUAAUAUCAAAAUGUUGGCGUUUAAGUGCUUUUAAACAUUGGUUUCUUGGUGCCCUUCACUACUGUGUUUGGGAUCGGUGCAUUAUGUAAGUCUGCUUGUAAAAUACAUGUAUGUGCAUAAAGUGUUUAAAUCCAUUUAUAAGGGGAGACUGAGAUUAUUACUAUGGUUGUUAUUUCAUACCUUGUGUGAUUUUUAAGCCAUAGCACUACAUCUUACAACAGUUACAUCCAGCCACUGCAUAGCCAGGGUAUACUCACUGUUAAUGUUUUUAAUGAAAGCUAAACACAUUUUACUGUCAGCAAGCAGAUUAAAAUAUUUGUCUGCUGAAAAAGUCUUUUGGAUUUGUGACUGUGAGAAAACAUGUUGGUACUGGUAUUCUAAAAAUAUUUUAAAAUAUAUCUCGCCAUUGAUUGUGGCAUCAAUCCAUCCUUGACAAGGAUGAAUAAGGAAAAUAUUGCAACAUUUACACAGCGUAAUCUGUCGUAUCAACUAGUCAGAAUGAAAAUAAACACGACAGUAGUUUGGUCACAGUAAUGGCCUAUGGUUUGGUCACAUCGGUUAUGAUCUAUGGUGAAAAUUACCAACCAAAACUCAUAAAAAAAAAUUAAAGGCACUGUACUGAACCAAUUACAUUUUUUUUUAUCCGGGCUGUACUCGGUUUCCUUUGACUACAAUGCUGGCCACCGUUCCAUAAGUGAAAUAUUCUUGAGUAGAGUGUAGAACACCAAUUAAAAAAAAAUAAUAAAUAUUAAUAAACAAGUGCCAUUUCAACUCCAGAGGAAUCUGUAUGCAACCAGGCUUAAUUUUCUUUAUAGAUAUUCAUUGCACCAUUACACUGUUAGUGUUCUUUUCAUGACGGUGCAUCACAGUUUGCUUACAAAGUGGCAGGUGCUGCUGAGUGCUUUUGGACCAAUCAUAUGUGUAACAGUCAUUGACCAUGCAUGCUGCCAUAGUUUGAAAUGAUGAAUGAUGUGGUACUUUGCAGCAGCUGUAUGAUACUAUGUUGUCGAAUGCACAGUAAACCUUAACUGAGUUGCAACCACAUUGUAAGCUUUCAUAAGCCAUAUGUUGUUGGUGUGCAGUACAGGUACUUGAAAGUUUCAAGCUAUGCAGCAGUGUUUCUGUUCAGUAACAAGGCAUUACGGUGUAGUGAUAAUUUUAGUGUAAAUAUUUAAAACUGUGAUCUGUAUUUCUGUUAUGUGUUAUUUGUAUUUUACCAGAGGACAAGCUAAAUUUUAUUCACUUAGUCUUGUAAUUAAAAGUACCCAUAGACCCGGUUUCCUCCCACCAUAAUGCUGGCUGCCGCCAUAUAAGUGAAAUAUUCUUGAGUACGGCGUAAAAAACCUAUCAAACAAAUAAAUAAAAGUACCCAUAGACAAUUGUUAUUAUUUUGUGAAAAUUUUAUCUCUUAUGCACAUAUCUUUCAUAAACUAUUUGUGUGUUUUUGAAGAAUAAUUAUCCAUUAUAGAUUUCUCUUUCGUGCUUUAAAGUAAACAAAAAUAGCUUUAUAUCUAGCUUUAAAUCAUUAUUGCAUUGUAAAAUAUUGUUAAUAUGAUGACAGUUUUGUUGUUAAUGUAAUGCAUUGAGAUUUAGGUGUUUUCAGAUCUUGUUAUUUUGUGAAGUGAGUUUGUAUUUUACGUGAAUAAAAAUGUUAAGUAUG